AUGUUCUUUUCCCGGCGCACCCCAGGUAUUAAGAUAACUGUUAAGCAUCCGGAUGGGUGGAAACACAUGUUCUGGGAUUUCAAGCGGGAUCAUCAUGCCAUUAGUCUCGAUGAUGUUAUUAAUAUCAUUAGGGUGGUUCCAAAGCCUCAGAAGAGCUCAGGUGGCUAUUGGUAUUGGAUUCAUCCCGAUGGACGUCGCGAAUUUGACACUGGUAACGUCUUGCAAUGCUGGAAGUAG